ACCAAACCCCACCAUGUCCGUGCAGCCCGACACCUCUGCCUCUUCCUCCAGCAUGAACGCCGCAAUCCUCGGUGCGACCGGCGCCGUCGGCAAGCCGCUGCUGCAGGUGCUCCUCGAGUCGCCGCGCUACGCCGCCGUGCACGCCUUUCUGCGGCGCCCCAGCGGCGUGCAGCACGCCAAGCUGCACGAGCACAUCGUCGACUUUGACGUGCUGCUCGAGCAGGGCGCCGAGGGCGAGGAGGCGCGCAAGUUCCACGUCGGCGCACAGGACGUGUACAUUACUCUGGGCACGACUCGCGCACAGGCCGGCUCAGCUGCCGCCUUCACCAAGAUCGACCGCGACUACGUCGUGGCCGGUGCGCGCGCCGCCUUCGAUGCGUCGAAGCGCGAGCAGUCGCGCGUGCUGUACUGCUCGGCGCAGCUGGCCAGCAGCUCGGCGUCAUUCCUGUACCCGCAGAGCAAGGGCGAGACGGAAGAGGCGCUUGCGUCGAUUGGCUACAGAGAGGCAUUUCUCUGCCGUCCAGGCUUCCUCGCCAACGCCGACCGCGGCGGCAAGAAGCGUCCGAUCGAGACUGCGUACGGAUUCUUCACCCGUCACGCCUCGCGCUUCUCCGACUCGAUGGAGAUCGACACGACGCGCCUCGCACGCGCCAUGGUGCUGGCUGCCGAGCGCGGCGUCGCCGGCCUCAAGGCCGAGGGCCUGGGUGGGGAGGUGCAUGCCUCGUUCAAGUACCGCAACCCGGCGACGCUCCAGGCGGAAGACGCGAGCAAGCGUGACCAGCCCGUCGACACGAUCGUGCUCGACAACGCCACUCUGCUGCGCAUGACGAAGAGCGCCUGACCCUAGUGACGUUCGAAGCUCCUGCUCCCUGCAUCUGCUCUCUGCUCCCGUUGCGCCGCCCGCGACCUAAUGCAUACCCCUCUGCUC